AAACCAUACAGACAAAGUCAAAAUGGCGACACAUAACUGUGUCAUAAAUUAAUAAACUCGAGAAAUAAAAUAAAAAUAAUUGUUUUGCAAUCGAAUAAUAAUUUUAUAAAUUAUAAAUUUUUUGCUAUCAAGUACCCGACUAAAGUACCGUGUAAUUUGUUACGGUAUAAAUUCUUUAAUAAUGACGGCUUUUCCGGGUUCGAUAGCUUUCGAUGAGUACGGGCGGCCAUUCAUUAUUCUGAGAGAUCAGGAGAGCCAGAAACGACUCACCGGCAAUGACGCGAUCAAGUCCCAUAUCACGGCAGCGAGGAGUAUCGCGCAAAUCCUCAGCACAUCUCUGGGUCCAAAAGGCCUGGACAAGCUGAUGGUGAGCCCAGAUGGCGACGUGUUGGUCACCAAUGACGGCGCGACGAUCCUCAAGAACAUGGACGUGGACCACGAGAUCGCCAAGCUGAUGGUCCAGUUGUCCCAAUCCCAGGACGAUGAGAUCGGUGAUGGCACUACGGGAGUUGUCGUGCUCGCCGGCGCUCUUCUUGAGCAGGCCGAGGGUCUCCUGGACAAGGGUAUCCACCCAAUUCGUAUCGCUGACGGGUUCGAGAUCGCAGCUCAGUUCUCAACUCAGCAUCUCAGUAAUAUUUCCGAAGAGUUUCCAGUUAACCCUAAAGAUUUGGAGCCUCUUAUCAGAACUGCUAUGACUACUCUUGGUUCUAAAAUCAUCAACAAAUGUCACCGACAAAUGGCCCAGAUUGCUGUUGAUGCUGUCAUGGCUGUUGCUGAUCUAGAAAAACGUGAUGUUAAUUUUGAAUUGAUAAAACUUGAAGGAAAAGUUGGUGGUAGAUUAGAAGAUACCAUGUUAGUACGUGGUGUUGUCGUUGAUAAAGAUUUCAGUCAUCCGCAAAUGCCCAAGGUAUUGAAAGACGUGAAGCUCGCGGUCUUGACCUGCCCAUUCGAGCCACCGAAGCCAAAGACCAAACAUAAGUUGGACGUGACUUCAGUAGAAGAUUACAAGAAGCUCCGGGAGUACGAGCGUGAGAAGUUCACCAACAUGGUGGAUCAGGUGAAAGCAGCCGGAGCAACUUUGGCAAUUUGUCAGUGGGGUUUCGAUGACGAAGCCAACCAUCUUUUGCUACAAAAAAAUCUCCCAGCUGUACGAUGGGUCGGAGGUCCUGAAAUCGAGUUGAUUGCCAUAGCAACUGGCGGUAGAAUCGUACCGAGAUUCGAAGAAUUAACUCCAGAUAAACUUGGUUACGCUGGUGUUGUACGCGAACUAAAAUUCGGAACCACUAAAGAUCGUAUGCUUGUUAUUGAAGAAUGCAAAAAUUCACGUGCUGUCACUAUUUUUAUUCGUGGUGGCAAUAAAAUGAUUAUUGAAGAAGCCAAGAGAUCAUUGCACGACGCAAUGUGCGCAGUCCGUAAUUUAAUAACUGACGAGAGAGUCGUCUACGGAGGUGGUGCGUCAGAAAUAUCAUGUGCUCUUGCUUGUGCAGCCCAAGCAGACAGCAUCAGUACAUUGGAACAGUACGCGUUCCGUGCAUUCGCUGAUGCACUUGAAGCCAUUCCGAUGGCACUGGCUGACAACUCGGGUCUGGCUGCUGUUGAUGCUCUCGCCGAAGCCAAAGCUUCACAAUUGGCUCAAAGGAACCCAGCUCUUGGCAUUGAUUGCAUGAAUGUUGGAACUCUAGACAUGAAAUCACAAAAUGUUAUCGAAUCACUCAAAAGUAAAACUCAGCAAAUUUUAUUGGCAACACAACUCGUUAAAAUGAUAUUGAAAAUAGAUGACGUACGUUCACCAGCCGAUCGUCAUUAAUUAUUUAAGAAUAAAUGAAUGAAUUCAUUAAUAAAUGGUCAUUUAUUAUUUUUUACAUCAAUUAUUAACAUUCUAAUAAAUUUUAAUCAUUACUUAUUGAAAUUAUAAUAUGUAUUACAAUUUUAAAUUAAUUAUCACGCAUUUAAACCAUAAUUAUUUUCACGCCGCUACGCUUAACGUUUAUAUUACCAGUAAUUAACAAAAUAAAAUGAUUGUAAUAAAAAAAUUA